CGUCACAAGACAGGAGCGACUCGGGACCAUGAGAGCAGCCAGCAUCCUUCUGGAAUGGGUUGUUCCAUGGCUCUCCUUGUGCCUUGGACUCUCCACAGCCACUACCAUGAUUCAGAAACUGGGCCCAAUAGCAGUUAUAAAUGAAGCGAGACCUUCUCACAACAACCAGUUCUGCAGCACAUGGGGAAAUUUCCAUUUCAAGACCUUUGAUGGAGAUUUCUUCCACCUGCCCUCCACCUGUAACUACCUCUUCACAUCGCAGUGCAAGGCCAGCUACGAGAGUUUCAACAUCCACGUCCAGCGGCAGGAGGUAGACGGGGAAAUCUCCAUCAAGAGAAUCUUGAUGAAGCUGGAUGGAGUUGUGGUGGAAUUCGGCAACUCUUCAGUGAACGUCAACGAUGAACCCGUGUCCAUACCAUUCACCAAGGAUGGCAUUUCAAUCGAGAAAACUAUGUCCUACAUUAAACUGGAAGCUAAGCUGGGACUGGUUUUCAUGUGGAACCAAGAGGACUCCCUCUGGGUGGAGCUGGAUGUUAAAUUUAAAAACCAAACUUGCGGUCUGUGUGGCGACUUCAAUGAAAUCCAGAAAUACAACGAGUUCAUCCAGUUAGGGGUUCUCAUAAGUCCAGAAGAUUAUGCAGAGCACUACAAAAUGGAUGGUCCUGAAGAAUUUUGUAAAGCAAUCCCCCCGCAAGUUUCAGAGAGUUGUUCAAAUCAGAUGGACAUCUGCAAGAACCUGCUGACUGGACCUGCAUUCUCCAGCUGUCAAGACCUGAUUGAUACUGAAGCUUUCAUCGAAGCGUGCAUGAAAGACCUUUGCUCCUGUAACAGCAGCAGCAGCUCAUGCUUGUGUUCGACCGUGUCCGAGUACUCCCGGCAGUGCGCUCACGCAGGAGGAAGACCACACCAGUGGAAGACCAAACAGCUGUGUGCCAAAAGUUGCCCUUUCAACAUGGUGUAUAAGGAGUGUGGCAGACCCUGCACUGACACCUGUAGAUUUCGCCACAAAAGCCAGAUGUGUGACGAGCACUGCAUCGAUGGAUGCUUCUGUCCAGAGGGAACUGUCUUUGAUGAUAUCUCACAAAGUGGAUGCAUCCCUCUUGAGCAGUGCUCUUGCUUUCACCACGACAACGUUUACCCACCUGGGGAGUCGUUCUCCAGGGCAUGCAAAACAUGCACCUGUACUCAGGGUGCGUGGGUCUGCACAGAAAAGGACUGUCCUGGGAUCUGCUCCAUCAGAGGAGGCUCACACUUUUCCACAUAUGAUGAUCGCAGAUAUGAUUUUCAUGGAGAAUGUGUGUAUGUUUUGUCCAAGACUUCUGAUGGGGCUUUUAGUGUGCUUGGUAAUUUGGCCAAAUGUGAAAUUUCUGAAAAAUCGACUUGCCUGUCUGUAGUGACUCUACUGCAGAAUAACACGACAAUUGAAAUUAAAGCCGACGGAAAAAUAUUAUACAACAAAAUGGUUUCUCAGCUUCCUCUUAUCACGAACGACUUUACGAUCUUCAGCCCGUCUUCGUUCUUCAUUGUGCUCCACACAUCCGUUGGGAUGGUUCUUGAGAUUCAGCUCGUACCCGUGAUGCAGCUCUACAUCAAAGCAAGCGUCUCCUUGAAGGGAAACCUGAAGGGUCUUUGUGGAAAUUUCGAUGGUGAUUCCCUUAACGACUUCCGAUCAACAUACGGAUUGGUUGAGGGAACAGCUGCAACGUUUGCCAACACGUGGAAAAGCAAACUGGACUGCCCAGAUGUAACAAACGUACUUAGUGACCCCUGCUCUUCAAAUAUUGACAAGGAAAAGUAUGCCAAAACCUGGUGCUCAGUCCUGACAGAUCCAAACGGAGAUUUUUCACAAUGCCAUCAUGAUGUAAACCCAAAGGAUUAUGAAACUGCUUGUAUUUAUGACACUUGUUCGUGUGAAAACAGUGAGGAUUGCAUGUGUGCUGCCUUAUCCUCAUAUGUCCAUGCCUGUGCUGCUAAAAGCAUUAAAAUUCAUGGAUGGAGACAAUAUGUCUGCGAAAAGUAUACAACUAGCUGCCCCUCUAACUUUGUGUAUAGCUACCACAUGAAGAGCUGUGGUCGUACGUGCCGCUCUCUGACGCAGUCAGACCUAACAUGUGGGGUCGACUUCACCUCGGUGGAUGGCUGUGGCUGUGAUAAAGGAACCUAUCUGGAUGACAAAGGACAGUGUGUGCCAGCCGCACAAUGCUCCUGUCACGCCGGAGAUGAAGUAGUUCGGCCUGGAGAGAUGAUCAAGGUCCAAGGACAAGUAUGGUAA